AUGGCGGAGUCUGAAACAAAGCGGCGGAAACUCACAUCUUCGUUCUUGCUGGAAAAGCUUCAAGACUUGGACAUCGAUGGCGUCGAAAAGGAAACUGUGGCAAAGACCCUGUUGAAGGCUGAAGCAUCUGGUUCAACGACAGCAUUGCCGAAACCCACGGAGGCGGAGGUCGAACUGCCCGAGUUGGCGGCACUGGAGAUGAACAAACUUUUGGAUGUUUCAGGUUUCAAGCCAUUGCUGGCAUCAAACACAGAGGCGACCCGACCCAUUUUCCUGCGCAAACAUUUGCUCGAUGUGCGCGAUGUGGCUGUGGAUGUUUUGUCCGCUCCGGUUCAAGAGGAUGCCAAGCGCUUGGUCUCCCUGGUGGGAUGUCCCGGAACUGGCAAGACGUGGUGCGGUUGGUUGGUUGCCCAUGCCUUACAGAACACGAAAAAGAAGACACUGCAUGUCACCAUCAGAGGCCAGGAGGUGAUAGUGGUGUCCGAGUUCAAGAAGAAGAAGACGUAUGAAGUUGAUGAUUGGAAAUACAGCAUGUUGGGGCAAGUCCUGAACGAGAACCCGUGCGAUGUUUGCAUCAUUGAUGUGGGGGACAAGAGCCCCACCGAAUCCAAUGACAUUUUUCGUGGCGUCCGCACCAUUUUGGAAAGCAGUGCUGACCCGAAGCCCUUCCCGAAUGUCAAGUUCAUGUGCUUGGUUUCUGGACACGCGCAGGAGAAUAUCAUAGGCAAAGACAGAAGCAUUGCUGCUCAGAAGCUUGUCUUGUGGAGUUGGUCCGAAGAUGAUUUUCAAUCUUAUUUUGAGGCAAGUCAGGGUAGUGCGAACCAGCUGAAAGAGCACACCUACAGGAUUUGCGGUGGUUCGGUUCGCUUGUGGUUCAAUCCCGCACAGGACGAGGAGAACAUUUCCGAUGACGUUGAGCAACUGGAAGAGCAAGAAAUGCAAAGAUUUCUGACACCAGAUCAUCGCCCCACCUCCAACACGAAUCACCAUCAGCACUCACGAUUGUUGGCUUUCUUUCGCAAUCCCACCGCCUUUGCAAAUGCGGGCGAAGAUGACUUCAAGCGUGGUGUUGUGUCUGCUUACAUCGUGCCACGCUCAGACUACGUCAUUCGAAGCAUCAAGGCGCAUGAGAAGGGCAGUUUCUCCCAAUUCAAGAAGAUGUAUGAGAGGCUGUUGCCUCUGAACCCGGGCGCCGCAGGAACGCCGUUUGAGAUUCUCGUGCAUUACUUCUGGGAGGAGUGCAUCAACAAGAAGGACAACAUCCAGUUGAAGAUCACCGAUCAACACGGAUUGGAGAAGCGCACCAUCAUGGUGGACUGUUCCCUGUUGAAGCCCGUGGCUGAAUGUAAGCCUGUUGAGAGUUCGGACGACAAAGGCAAAGACGCUGUAGAUGCGAACCUGUUAGGGUAUUUUACUCCAAAAAACAAGAAGAAUUACCCCAGACUGGACAGCAUUUUGCGCUACAAGAGUGCUGAGCAGACAGAGGUUCUCGCAAUCCAGGUGAGCAUCGGGGCGACUCACCAGUAUGGAGACAAGCGCAAAAAUGCGCUGCUCGAAGCAGGAGGGAAGACAUCACUAGCAUUGUGGGAUCACCGCGACAAAGACAGGAAGUGUGUGUGGAAAAGCAACGAGUCCGAUGAUUGGGACUUGGUUUAUGUCCGCUGUAGAGAGUUCGAUGACAAGAUGAGGUCGCUGCCGUCCAACCGUCGUCCCAGCAAGCAGUCGAAUCUCUCCGUGGAUGUGCCUGGCACUGUGCCUGGCUCUCGCCGAGGAGCCUGUGAAGUUAGGAGGGAUUGCCGUUUAAUCUGGACCAAGGUGUUGAUUCCAGAAGCAGAGAAGCAGCUGGGUGCACCCAGCACCAAUCGGGACUUGGAGGAUUGGAAGCGAAGAAAUGGUCUAGCGCCUGAGACACGAGUCUUCUGCAUCACAGGAGCUUUUCCGGGGAUUCGCAAGGCCCUGGUGGCGCGAGGUUGGCACGAGAACGACGACAAGCAAAGCAAAUGCUGGGACUUGAAGUACGCGCUUUGGCAGCGCGACCUGGGUGAGAUGGGCGAAUUGGAGGAGAGCCAGGUAGUGAACUACUUCGCCCGGAACGCGGAGCUCACAUCCAAGGUCGGCUUGUGCAACUCGUUGUACAACUGCUGCACCUUGGACCGGGUGGACGUGGAUUCCUUCUAUCCUCGAUCAUUUGAUCUCACAAGUCCUCCUCAGGCAGCACACUUUGUGGAAGACUUCAAGCUCACAACGUGCCGCUGUUUGCUGCGGCGUUUUACGGAACUGGAGGGCCGUGUGGCAAGGGAUCUAGAAGGCCUGACAGGCAAAGCGUAUCCGCGCCACGUGUUGCAAAUCGCCCUGGACGUGUGUCGGAGGCAGGCCCGCGACGUGGAUGAUGCUUUGGACGAGGCGCCCAUGGCUGCAAUCUCCGAAGAGGAGUGGAUGGUCCUCAAGGAUUGGUCCUUGAAGACGCCGGGCAAGAAACUUGAGGCGAAGACCGCCCCAAAGCCGCCGUCUUCUUUCGCGAAAACCGCGAUUGAUGGAUCGCCACACGUCGACAUCGUGGACGCUGCACAUGAGGUCGAUGGCAGUGAUGAGGAACCGGAGCUCUCGCCCGAUGAGGACUCUCUCUUUGAGGUCGAUGAGGCGUUGCUGCAAGAAGCGCGGCAGGUGCUAGAGGAGUUGAAGCAGCCGCAAUCUGGCUUGGAUGGCUGUCAGAACAUCUGGGUCCUGAAGCCUGCGGGUAAAAGUCGAGGCCGUGGCAUUCAGCUCUCAGGGCGCCUGGAGAAGAUCCAGGAGGUGGCACUGGGCCGUGGCGCUGAGGCGCCGCUGAGCGAAUCGGUGACGGAUGUGUGA